AUGCAGUUGGAAAUCCCAGAAUGCAGACGUUGUUGCUGCUUUAUUCCACUUCGGUACGGAAUCAUCGUGUUUGGAUAUGUAAAUUUGAUAUUCUCACUCCUGACCCUAGGAGUAGAGAUAUGGCUAUUAACAGGCGAUAAGGAUAUGGAGCACACGAUGACGCUGUAUAGAGGCGCGUCGUUCGUCACACAGGCGUGGCUUCCUGUCAUACUGUAUUUGCUGGAAGCCAUCUUUGAAGUUGUACUUCUUGUCGGUGCUCAUUUGAAAAAUCCACGUUUACUUCGAGUCUAUUAUUACUAUGGAAUAACAACCACUUCAGCUAUGGCUUCAGUGGUGUUAUUCCUGAUGGUGAGACAUUAUGAAGCACUCUAUGACUGGAAUGCUGCCUUGUUCGAAGGAUGUUUUAUGUUCUGUGGAUUUGCGCUGCAGAUUUAUCUUCUGAUGUUAAUAAGAACGGAGUUGAAAAAGUUAAAACAGAAAAGUCAGUUGAGUUUCAUCAACCAUGUUGCAGAAGUUGUUGUGGUCGCUCCUCAAGGAGGAGUAGGAAGGAAUCCUUUUUAA